GCCAAGUUAUUAGCCGUUAGAGAAUUUUUGAGAGAGAGACGGAGAAAAGCAAAUGGCAGAAGUUCCACCACACCAGAAAAUCUCCAAGCAACCCAAAAGAAAAGGAAAUCCUGCUGAAGUAGGAGAAUCGAGCAAAGUCUAUAAUGGUCAUGGCCCCUCACCAGAGGAAGAGACGGCCAUUAUGGUCUCCACAUUCGCUUAUGUAUUAUUCGAAGGUAAAGGUGGCAGCAAAGGAGGCCAAGACUCCGCAUUUCCUCUCCUUGAAAGUUCUGCAGUUUCUUCAAUUCCAUCCGCUUCCACGCAGACUCAGCCUGUAUUGAUCGCACCCGGUGCAGACAAGGAAGAGAAGAAGAAGAAAUAUCGAGGCGUCCGACAGAGGCCGUGGGGAAAAUGGGUGGCUGAGAUUAGGAACCGUACCAAAGGGGCUAGAGACUGGCUUGGGACAUUUGAAACGCCAGAGGAUGCUGCUCGAGCCUACGAUAAAGCAGCGAUCAGAUUACAUGGGCCCCGCGCAAAGCUUAAUUUCCCAUCUCUAGAAGACCCUCCAGAUGACCGCACCACCUUUGAACAAGAACAACAGCAGCAAUUGCAGCAGCAGCAGCAACCGCCUAAUCUAGUGGGGAAUACUAGUCCUGACCCACCUAAUGAAGCAGUUGAAAAUCGACCAGAGAAUGAUAUGUGGAACAUAUUUGGAGAGGCGGAAUUGGAAGACUGGUGGACCAUGAUGAACGAUGCAAUGCCCACCGUCUCGUGUCUGCGUGACAUCCGCUUCGUCCAUCAUGUGGGCUCCUCGAUGAAAGGCUGUUGUGUGGGGCCACCAUGGUGUUUUUUUAUUUCAUCAUUAGGUUUGAAUCACAAUAAAGAAAGGAAGAUACAUAUAGGUGGUGAAAUUCCACUAGCGCUCUUUCUGGGUAAACAGGGAGUCCGACUCCGUUACAAACUGGCUGCGGAAGGACUGUUUAUGCAAGCUAUUUCUGGUGGGACUCCACACGGGAACGUGGAAGCAGCGGCUCGGUUUUGGGGCGCUCUGCUGGACGUGGCUGAAGACAGGAGGGUGGGGCUUAGCUUUGAAGGAAGGAAGAAAAGGAUCAAAAAGGCGAGGGACAGAAAGACAAGAGGCUCGGUUUUGAAGGCUUGA